ACUGUUAGGUGAUUGAGUUAUGUUGGUCAUGUGUUGAUUGGUUAUGCUGCUGUUGUUGUUGUAAUGGGUAAUGUUGAAAUACCCAAAUGGCUUAAAGGAUUGCCAUUGGCACCUGAAUUUCGCCCAACUGAUACAGAAUUUUCAGACCCAAUUGCUUAUAUAUCAAAAAUUGAGAAGGAAGCUAGUGCUUUUGGUAUAUGCAAGAUUAUCCCACCAUUGCCUAAACCAUCCAAGAAGUAUGUUUUUAGCAAUUUGAACAAGUCACUUACAAAGUGCCCAGAAUUGGGUAGUGAUGUGGAUAUGUCAAAGGUUUGCUCUUCAUCAAAAAUAGGUUCAGUAGAUAGUGGUACUGAUGGGGAAGCUACGGCAGUAUUUACCACUAGGCAACAAGAGUUGGGACAGAGUGGGAAGAAACUGAAAGUGGGGGCAGAGAAUCCACAGCUGGGUUUACAUAAGCAAGUGUGGCAAAGCGGGGAGAUUUAUACGUUAGAACAGUUUGAGGCCAAGUCAAAGGCUUUUGCAAAAAGUCUGUUGGGUUCACUGACACGUUUUAUGCCAGAUGAUAUUCCUGGUGUUACUUCUCCAAUGGUUUAUAUUGGGAUGUUAUUUAGCUGGUUUGCCUGGCAUGUCGAAGACCAUGAGCUUCAUAGCUUGAAUUUUCUUCAUACUGGCUCUUCAAAGACUUGGUAUGCUGUCCCAGCAGAUUAUGCAUUAGCUUUUGAGGAAGCUAUCCGCACUGAGGCUUAUGGUGGUAAUAUUGACCACUUAGCUGCUCUCUCAUUACUGGGGGAAAAGACAACUCUUCUUUCUCCUGAGCUAGUUAUUGCAUCUGGCAUUCCUUGUUGUAGGUUAGUACAGAAUGCUGGUGAAUUUGUUGUGACUUUCCCAAGGGCAUACCAUGUAGGAUUCAGCCACGGUUUCAAUUGUGGGGAAGCUGCAAAUUUUGGAACUCCACGGUGGCUUCAAGUAGCUAAAGAAGCUGCAGUACGGAGAGCUGCUAUGAACCAUCUCCCUAUGCUUUCUCAUCAGCAGCUGCUAUAUGUGUUGACUAUGUCUUUUAUUUCGAGAGUGCCAAGAUCUUUGCUACCAGGUGCUCGAAAUUCUCGUCUAAAAGAUCGCCAGAAAGAAGAAAGGGAGUUGUUAGUGAAAAAGGCUUUUAUAGAAGAUAUGUUAAAUGAAAACAUCUUGUUAUCUGUUCUUCUUGGAAGAGGAUCAACCUGCCGAGCAGUAAUUUGGGACCCUGAUUUACUGCCUUAUCUUAGAAAAGACUCUGAAUAUCCCAGUGGAAACCCUGCUGUUUCUACCCUAGAGCAAGAAGAUGUUUCCAAUUUUCAUUCAGAAAAUAGUAAUCAGAAUAACCUUUUAGAUGAGAUGAGCUUAUACAUGGAAAGUCUGAAUGAUUUAUGUUUAUAUGAUGAUGAUUUAUCAUGUGACUUCCAACUUGAUUCGGGGACGCUGGCAUGUGUGGCUUGUGGGAUUCUUGGUUAUCCAUUUAUGUCUGUGGUACAACCAUCUGAGAGAGCAUCAAUGGAACUUCAAUCUGGAGAUUAUCUUUCUCUUGAAGGACCAAUAUUAUCAGAAGCUAACACUUCUCAUUCCCACCCAGACGUUGCUUGCACCUUUGAGGGCCUUGUUUCAGAUUCUCUACCUACAAAGGAUGAUACCUUACCAACAGUAACCAGGCUGCAUGAAGGAUGGAAUACUUCCCAGAAAUAUCUGAGACCUCGAAUUUUCUGCCUGGAGCAUGCUGUUCAAAUUGAAGAGCUAAUGCAAUCUAAAGGCAGAGUAAAUAUUAUGGUAAUUUGCCAUUCAGAUUAUCCAAAAAUCAAGGCCCAUGCUGCUGCAGUUGCGGAGGAAAUUGGUAGCACUUUCAAUUACAAUGAUAUUCCAUUAGAUACUGCAUUGGAGGAAGAUCUAAACUUGAUCAGUAUUGCAAUCAAUGAUGAAGAACAUGCUGAAUGUGGUGAAGACUGGACAUCAACACUUGGUAUUAACUUGCGAUACUGCAUCAAGGUCAGAAAGAACUCCCCAUGUAAGCAAAUUCAACACGCUCUGCCAUUGGGUGGGUUGUUCUCUGAGAGAAGUUGCAGUUCAGAUUUGUCACACAUCAAAUGGAAGUCCAGAAGAUCUCGUUCAAAAGCUAAAUUAGAUCAUCCAUCCCGCUCUAAACAUUGCAAUAGUGUUGAAUUGAAAGAGUAUGUAGCAUCAGCAGACAAGGUGGAUUGCAACAUCAUUAAGAAAGAACAGAAAAUUAUCCAGUAUUCAAGGCGGAAGAAAUCAAAACCUGAUUGUUCUACUGGAGCAGGUGAGGACCUUGGCUGCUCUAAGAAAGACCUUGCAAGGGAAGAUACAGCUGCUAAAUGUGAAUUUUCUGACAAGCAAGGUAGAAUACUUAAAGUCACCAGCCCAGUGAACAGAACUUCUACUUCACACUUUGUAGAUUCACCUGCUACGGCCAACUUAAUUGCAGGAAAUUUAGAGAGGAGUGGAAAUCAAAUAUUAGAGGCAAAUGCUUCUAAUUUGGCAGCCUGCAAUAGUUCUGAACAGGAGCUUGAAAUCAAGGUCACUGACAGAACCAGUGAAAAACAUGAACUUCCUUUUGGUUAUAAAUUUUCUACUUCAUACACCAUUGCAGCUAAGAAAGGACUUCUGGAGACUGUUAGAAUUUCUUGCGAGGCUGGUAAUAAAGUUUCGGAAGGACAGUGUGAAGGCCUGCCUAGUAGGAACAUGCUGGCAGACAAGGUUUAUUGUCCUUCUAACUCAGUAGCAUUACUUGUUUCUUCCUCAUCUGCAGCAAGAGCUGAUGCACAAUUGGAGGAUGUGGAGAAUUCUUGUGUGAAUGGUGGGGUUUAUGAUGUUAUCACUUCUGACACUGAAUUGCAGCAAGAAAUAAAAGCUACAAUUCAAGGUAACAGCAGAGAGAACAUUUCAUGUGACAAUAAGCCUUUAGAUAAGCUUAAUUCUUCUCCUAAAUGUGAGAGUAGUGAAGAUUUAACCAAGAUCUAUUCUGCUAAUGAUUUAUCCAAUGAUUUGUCUUUGGAAGAUAAAGUACAGGAAACAAGCAGGACUGCAACUGGAAUCAAGAUGGAACCAGUUCUGAGUUCUGUCACACCGAUGAACUGCACUGAUUCUGUUUUGAUGGGAAAAUCUCUCAAUGUUCGAAAGGAGGCCCAUGCUGUGGCUGAUUCAUUCAGUGGUCUGACUUCAGAGAACAAAGUAACACCACAAGAAAUCCAGACGACAGAUGCAAGUAAGCAUGAAACACACUCAAGUUCUGUUGCACAAACGGCAGUUGAUCAGCCCCUUACUCUUUCAUUGGAAGAAUUUUACACAGCUCCAAAUAGAAUCUGUGCUGAAGAACUACAUAUGCAUGAGGCUUUGAGCAUUGAAGUUCAGCAAGAAAUUCGGGAUGCAAAAAGAACCAUUAUGGAUGAAGUUGUCUCUGGUUCAUACAUGCAACUUAAACAAAAGCAACCCUCUCCGAGAUUAGCAGAGGCAUCCUCUGAAGUCCUAAUGGAGACAUGUGCUAGAGAAAUGUUGUCUGCUGAUCCAACCAGUAACAAUGACAGAUGUGAAAAGGAUUUGCCUGCAGAAGAAAUCAAUGAAGAACAAUCUGUUUCUAGCCGUGUUACACCAAUAAAUAAGCCAGCUCCUAACCCAAUCCAAAAGUAUUCUAGAAUUCGCAAGGAGAAAUGUGCUACUGAGAACAUGCAUAAGGGCAGUGAAGCUUCUUCAUCACCAGACGGUAGAGAAAAUGGGAACAUUGAGCCUGCUGUGGAAGAUGGCAUAUUAGGUGCUUCAAAUGAAAGAAAAAGGAAGAGAGAAGUGGAGGAAAAAGGAGAAAAGAUGUUCAGCAACAAUGGCUUUAUUAGGAGUCCAUGUGAAGGAUUAAGGGCAAGGGCUAGGAAAAAUGCAGCUGCUGUGGUUGAUGAUAGUGACACAAUGCAGAGGAAGCCAACUACAAGGGAGGCCAGGGAACCUUGUCGGAGAAAGAAAACAAAUGCAAAAACAGUUCGCAAAGAGUCUUAUAGUUGUGACAUAGAAAACUGCCGUUUGAGUUUUGAAACAAAGGAAGAGCUGAGGUUCCACAAACGCAACCGGUGCCCACAUGAAGGCUGUGGAAAGAAGUUUCGCUCCCACAAAUAUGCAGUCCUUCAUCAACGUGUUCAUGAGGAUGAUAGGCCUCUCAAAUGCCCGUGGAAGGGUUGUUCGAUGUCAUUCAAAUGGGCAUGGGCUAGGACUGAGCAUAUACGAGUGCACACUGGAGAGAAACCAUACCAGUGCAAGGUUGAAGGCUGCGGCCUCUCUUUCAGGUUUGUAUCAGAUUUUAGUCGACAUAGACGAAAAACAGGCCAUUAUGUGAACUCAUCAUCCUGAAAAGCUUAUCUUUGUAACCGGGGGAGUAGGGGGUGGGAUGUGUUCUGUGUAUAUCGUCUGGGGCAGGCAUGAAUGGGACGUGGGGAUAAACAGCCCCCAGAAUCAUGUAUAGGGUCGAGUUUUUGGAUUAGGUACAGGUUAGAGUUAGACUAAUCCCUUUGUAGGCACUGCAUUCUCUAAUCUUUAUGAAUGCAGUUAUAGUUGAACACGAAGGCCCAGUUCUGAGUUUGUCUUAGAUUAUUCUUUCAAUGUCUUCUGGAUGAGUAAUAAUUUGUGGGGACGAAUUUCACAAGAAUUGAUAAUGCAUGUUACCCAAGUCAUUGAUUAAUGGGAAACAAUAUUUCCGCCUACUUUUCGGCCGGUUAAUUUUGACCCUCCAUCCUUCUUAUUUCUGGAGAGGACCAUUAUUAUUAUUCCUAAAGACGUUUCUUGUUUCAUAUGUGGGACUUCUGUGGCCCUUUUGUCUGUAAUCUGGAUUGUUCUUGUAUG